ACAACCGAGAGGGAGAAAGAGAGACAGAGACAGAGCACUAUUAUACGUUUGUUGUGACCCAACAAUAGUUUUGCUUAUCCCCAGCGUUUCAGGCUUCCUGGUACAGUCCCCUUUUCACCAGCUCUGACAGCCUCAACUUCACGCAGACACAUGGCACUGAGAAGAAUGAGCCGUUUGGAGGGUCUGAGGGCCAACUCAUCCCAGUUCAGUCUUAUGGGAGAGCCUUUCAGAAUCCUGGGAGGCUCCAUCCAUUACUUCCGUGUCCCCAGAGCCUACUGGAGGGAUCGGCUGCUGAAGAUGAAGGCCUGUGGCCUCAAUACUCUCACAACGUAGGCUUAGGUCUCGCUAUUUAUUGCCAGAGAAAGACAUAAGCAGUUAAGAUUAACUAUGUGCCUUGGAACCUGCAUGAACCUGAGAGAGGGACAUUUAUCUUUCAGGAUCAGCUGGACGUCAGGGCUUAUGUCAGUCUAGCAGCAGAGUUGGGUCUCUGGGUUAUCCUGCGUCCUGGGCCCUACAUCUGUGCGGAAUGGGAGUUGGGCGGGUUGCCAAGCUGGUUGUUACAAGACAAACACAUGCAGCUGAGGACAACCUAUCCUGGAUUUGUCGAAGCUGUCAGCCUCUACUUUGACAAGCUUGUCUCAGUAAUCAAACCUCUGAUGUUUGAAGAAGGAGGCCCAGUUAUUGCAGUCCAAGUUGAAAAUGAGUACGGCUCCUAUGCCAAAGAUGAUCAGUACAUGCCGUUUAUAAAGCACUGUCUUCAAUCCAGAGGGAUCAAUGAGCUCCUCCUGACAUCAGACAACUGGGAGGGCUUAAGAUAUGGAGCAAUGGAGGGUGUCCUGAAAACCAUAAACCUGCAGCGACUGUCAUUUGGAGCGAUCCAGCACUUAGCUGACAUGCAACCCCAGAAACCGCUAAUGGUGAUGGAGUAUUGGUCUGGGUGGUUUGACGUCUGGGGAGAACAUCACCACGUGUUCCAUGCAGAGGACAUGUUAGCUGUAGUGAGAGAGAUUCUGGACAGGGGUGUGUCUAUUAAUCUGUACAUGUUUCAUGGUGGAACCAGCUUUGGCUUCAUGAAUGGAGCGCUGGACUUUGGCACCUACAAACCUCAGGUCACCAGUUAUGAUUAUGACGCUCCACUAUCUGAAGCUGGCGACUGCACCACAAAAUAUCUACUCUUGAGGAAUUUAUUCAGCCAUUACCACUCUGAGCCCCUUCCUGAAGUGCCCCAUCUUCAGGAGAGGAGAGCGUACAACCCGGUCGCCAUCCAGCAGCAUCUGUCACUGUGGGACAGCCUGCUCCUCACUGAAAAACCAUUCAGGUCAGAGAGGCCAGUGAACAUGGAGAAUCUACCCGCUAACAGUAACCAUGGACAGUCAUAUGGCUACACACUCUAUGAGGCCUCCAUCGCCAGCGGAGGAGCCCUCAACUCUCAGAAUAACAUUAGAGACAGAGCACUGGUUUUUGUCGACCGACAGUGUAUUGGAAGUUUAGAUUACAAGACUCAAGAGCUUGCACUCCCAGAAGUAAAGGGAGAGAGGACACUGAGCUUACUUGUAGAGAACUGUGGAAGAGUGAAUUAUGGGAAAGCGUUGGAUGAACAGCGCAAAGGAAUUGUGGGAGACAUUUUGCUGAAUCAAAUCCCUUUGAGAGGAUUUACCAUCUUCUGUUUAGAUAUGAAGCCAGCGUUCAUGAAAAGGUUAACAAAUGCCGGUCAGUGGAAAUCCGACCUCAGGUCGGCCUCUGUUCCAGGAUUUUUCCAGGCAUGCCUGUAUGUUGAAGGGGCUCCCAGAGACACCUUUGUUAGGCUCCAUGACUGGGGUAAAGGAUCAGUGUUUGUCAAUGGACAGAACCUUGGACGUUACUGGUCAAUUGGUCCCCAACACUUUCUUUAUCUUCCAGGACCUUGGCUCAGGAGCGGAGAGAACCAGAUUAUAGUUUUUGAGGAACAAAAACCUGGUGACAAAAUGCACUUUGCAGAAAAUGCAGACCACGGAAAGACAAUAGAUGUCUACAAACUCCCCUUUUGCACGCUGCUGUGACCUGCACACACACACACACACACACACACACACACACACACACACACACACACACACACACACACACACACACACAAA